CUGAAAACUGAAAACCUAAGGAAGACAAAAUAUAUUUGGCAAUCGCAGGAGCUGGAUGACCGAGUCUACGAUGCCAAGUGGACUCUUGGAUAGCUUGAUACGCAACGGUUGGGAGUUUGGAAGGAAGUGUGUAUAACCCAUGCUCACAGAGGCCCUUGUACCGCACCUGGUUGGAGUGAGAAUGGGAAAAGCUACGAGAUGGCUGAAACGGUUGCUGGCGAUGAAGGUGAAAAAACGUUGGGCUUUUCGCCGGACGUCGGACAAUGAGCCGGAUUCCGGUGAAAUCCCGGUGGACGACUAUUAUUCUCCCUGCAGGCUAAUGACAUCUAAUUACGUCUUCCCACCUUCUGGUUCUGAGAAGUCGAACAGCAAUCUGCCGGCGGCGAAACUUAACGGCGGCUGCAGAGGAAAAGUUGUGAGUUUGGCUGCUCUCCGAAUCCAAACUUUCUUCAGGGGCUAUUUGGCGAGAAAAGCACUAAGAGCUUUGAAAGGAAUAGUAAAACUACAAGCUCUAAUUAGAGGCUAUAUUGUUCGGAAAAGAGCCGCCGCUACUCUUUACUAUUUGGAAGCUCUCAUCAGAUCUCAGGCGGCUGCCCGGUCGGAAAGGUCUCGCCGCCGUCUCUCACCCGUCGGCAAAUGUGAGCCCACAUCAUACAACAAGCUGAAUAAAUCUUCAAGGACCUGGUGGAGGAGCACCACCGACGACGUGUCGGAUUCCGGUGAAGAUUACAAUUGUCCCUACCAGCCGCCGUCUCUGACUCCGGGUCGCCUAUCUAUUCCUGACCGUCGCCGUUUAUGCGAAUCGGAGUGGAGAUUUCUUGGCGGCGGCAGCGAGUGCAAGUUCUUGGCUGCUCAGAACUCGCCGCUACGAUCUCGGCAGCGAUAUUCGCCGGGGAAGUGCGUCGGCGGGGAUGCCUGGCUCCGGCCAUAUUCCGAUUGCCCGGGUUACAUGGCGAACACGCAGUCAUUCACGGCUAAGCUAAGGUCUCUGAGCGCGCCAAAACAGAGGCCGGAGCCGAGGCAGAAGAAGGGGUUCUCAUUGAGUCAAUUAAUGGACGUGAGGAGCAGCUUCGGCGGCGUCGGCGGCGGAGGAGCCCACGAGUCUUCUUGUUAUCUAGCCCAACAAGAGAGGUUCGUGACCGGUCUUCCCCCCAGCCAUAAGAAAUGGAAACGAAGAUUCGUUUUCAUUGAGUUUCCCUCUGACCAGUUCCCCUUCUCUAACCCUGAGUGGGCAGACCGGGUUAUAAAACCUGAAAGGGUCCACCCGGAGCCCACUCCUGAGCUUGAGGACGCAUGCGAGAAACUUCUCAAGGGUGAUCUUGUGACCGGGAAGCCUUACGCCUAUGGAGGCUGGGUGUACCAGUUACAAAAUCCGGAUGGAGGUGUAUCUGUGACCCAUGACGCAAAAGAUGACCGGGUCAGUUCCCCGGAUGGUCAUGCCGAGGCCAACAUGAACUUCACUUGGUUCGUUAACCUGGAUGAUGAUGAUGAUGAAGUCCUUCAUGGCGGCCAGUCCCCCACUAACAACCCUCCUUCCCCUCCUCAAAAUCCUGGAAUGGAAGGGGCUUCAACUGCCCGGUGCUCUUCCUUUGACGAUAUCAUUCGAGAUAAGCAGGUGAAGUCACCCUCAUCCCUCCAUUUCUCCGAAGGCGACCGGGCCAAAUCCCCAAUGAUCGAGGUUAAGGCCAAAGGAAAAGGGACCGUUCAUUCUUCUUCCCACACAAAAGCUCAUAAAAGGAAGGGCUCCCACAACACUUCUAGGGAAAAUAAGAAGAAAAAGACCGGGUCGCUUGACCUGGAGGGGGAGUCCGUUGAAGAGGCCUUCCUAGCCUUGACCAGAAGACUCCAAAAGGUUGGAGUCCUUUCUGAAGAGAUUGGCCAGUCACUCAUCGAGCCAACCAACCAGGCCUCCCAACUGGAUCUCCUGCUUGACUCGGCCAAAUCAGAAAUAAAUGACCUGGUCAAGAGGGAGAGACGGUUAGAAGUAGAGCUGAGGACUAAGAGGGCCAAGCUUGAGGAGGAGAGGGCCUUGCUGGAGGAGGAGAGGGCCAGAUCUGCCUGAUUGGAGGAGGAAGGGAAGAGGAAGGUCGCUGAGGUUGAGGAGGCGUUGGCCUAAGUGGAAGAAUCUGCCCAGUCUAAGGAGGAGUCCUUCCCUUCUGAAGCUGCCAACUGGUCCGCAUGCCAUCAUUUGGAAGUUGCCCGAUCCAUUCUCACCUCUCCGGAGACAACCAUGGACUUUUUCAAGGUCAUGUACCAGAAGCCGGAGGGAAAGAGAAUGAUUAUUGACAUUGGGUCUUAUGGAUUCCAAUGUGGCCAAAAGGAAGAAAGGUCUCUUCUCUAU